CAUGUUUUUAUAAAACAAGGCGGAAGGUGUUAUUUUGUUUAAUUUGUUAAAAAACAGUGUUGAUAAAUCUUUUCUUUACAUCAAAAAGUGAAAAAAAAACUUUAAAGUAUGGAUUUUUCCGGCAUACAACUACUUCUGGAUGCUGCUGCUGCGAUGUCCGAAUGUGGAGAUGCUUCCCACCGCGUUGAAGAAAAUGAUUUCUCUGAAAAUUCAACGUGCCCUCGACUACCUCCUAUUUCGGUUCCGUCAGUAGGAUGGUAUGAAGAGGUAUCUGCCAGUAAAACUCAACGAUAUUCUAUGGAUUCAACUGUGCCAUCGUUUGAAGCUAAAGAUUUAAAUCAUUCUUUCGGACUCUCUUUCAACGACAUUUGUACAUCUACUCCAAAAAAGCACAUCAAUUAUGAUGAACCGCUUGAUUUGCGAUACCCGAGUAAGAUUAUACGGAAAUAUACGGACGCAGAAUGCUAUACGAACACUCUGCAAGUGUGUCGCAACAUUUCUCAACAACGAAAAACUUUCCAAUACGAGCCGGUAUCCAGAAAUUCCAUAUCAGUCUCUGCCGGACCAUCUCGUGUAGUACUCAGGCCGAUUAACGAACAAAACUCUAUCCGACCAUCAUAUCAUCAUCAAAGAUCCGACGAACGAACCCAGGAAACGACUCAUUCUUCUUAUGGAAAACUACCUCAUGAUUGUAUCAAGCCUCGUAGUUCUUCCGAGAGAUCUCCUACCGCUGGUGAUGUCGAAUCGUUUCAUCUUAAAACCGAUAUGACACGUGAUUAUGCUGGCAAUAAUCACCAUCGUAUGUUUUCUUCGUCCGCUUCCGUCGAAGCGAGCACCUGUGACAGGUCUCUUCGGUCGUCGAGUCACAAUAUCGAAAAUGAUAACUACAAACUUCACAGCAGCGCUGAGUAUCAACCGUACAGUAUUGGGAAAGAUCGUUAUAACCAGACAGUACGAAACGUCAGCAGCAAAUCCAAAUCGAUUGUAGCUAUUGAACAAUUUCCUCAAAACGUGUCUCCCGUACCUAAAACCUCAUUUUUACCGCAAUUUGCUAGCAUGCUAGUCGCAAAUAACAAGACCAAAUAUCUCGAUUUGGAAAAUGAUCGUCGAUCUUGCAACGUCGAUGUGCCUUGUGACGGACAGAGCUCCGAAGUUCACACCGUUAUAAAUGAAAUCGCAAAGAUAUCGCGUGUCGAGACAAAGUCAGUCCACGUCUUCAGUUCACCGGAGUCGAGAAAACCUCAUACGUACUCUCCUAGCUCUCAUGAUAUCGAACCACAUCAGGCUAAUGACAGUGCAAACAACUCCAUUGAAAAAUCGGAUUCCGGAUCUGAAGGCGGAGACAUCGACGACGAAGAUCAAGAAGUGCGUAUUGGAGAUUUGACGUUAUUUAACGAGUUUAUUGUUGAAGAAUAUUUCGAGAAGUACCAUAACUUAACGCUAAUGAUUGAAGAUGAUGAGCAAAAUAACAUGGAAGAAAAUCGUGGUAAACAACAACCUUUAGCUAUAGCAAAUCGUGGAGAUCUGGGAUUUGAAGAAAUUGACACAUCUUGCGUACCAUCUAAAAAGCCUAGAGCCAAUCAACGAAAAAUCUUGCAAAAUGCGCGGAUGCGAGGUCUUGAAUAUAGACAACCAAAUGGUGUUAUAGUACCUGCUCGCAGUAUCAAACAACCAUGUACUUGUACCAAACUCGGGUGUCAUAAGAAAUACGAAGAUAGCACUCGAAAGAAAUUAUUGGAGAAUCUCUUAAAACUUUCAAUCUCUUUACAAAAUCAGUUCUUGGGUAAUCAUAUAGCUAUCCGGGCGACUGCAAGACCAAAGGUUUUAAAUUCAAGGCGUUUGUUUUCUCGAUCGUAUUUCCUGCCGGGUUUUAACGGGCGGAUUCGUGUUUGCAAGGACAUGUUUAUGUCAACCUUCGAUGUUAAGGACAAAAAGAUCCGUCUGUUGGCGGAAAAACAGUUGAUCGGCCGAGGAAUUUCAGCGGAUGACUUGCGAUCGCAGAAUGGGAAGCACAAAACUCUUUCUGACGAGGAUCGCGAAUACGUUACCGAGCACAUUCGUUCGUUUCCAGCUUAUUCAUCUCAUUAUACUCGAGAAAAGUCGUCGAAGCUUUAUUUAAAUUCCGAUCUAUCAGUGAUGAAGAUGCAUGGCCUGUAUGCGAAAAAAUGUGCAGAGGACAACAAGGUACCAGUGCAAUACAUAACGUAUUUGCGAGUGUUCAAAAAAAUGAACAUUAGCUUUAGAAAGCCUAAAAUGGACACGUGUGGCGAAUGUGAUAAAUUUGCUAUCACAUUAAAACUAUCCAGCGGUGAACAGAAAUCGGAGGUUGAAGCUUCGCGAGAUGCACAUCACAAUCAAGCCCAGGAGGCGUACCGCCAAAAAAGGAACGAUGUCAAUUUCGCUAAAUCUAAUGUGCACUUUCGCACUGCGUCGUUUGAUCUGCAGAAGUGCCUCGCUACACCUCAUUUAACCACCGGAAUAGCGUACUAUAAACGGCAGCUAUACACUCUAAAUCUGACCGUAUUUAGUACCCACAAUGGUACAAAUCAUGUUAACUGUUAUAUCUGGGAUGAAUCGAAGGCACGGCGUGGUUCGCAGGAAAUUGGAUCGUGCCUCCUGAAGGAUCUCAAUGGCAUGGAUGAGUGCGUCACCCAUAUGGUGUAUUACUCAGAUAGGUGUUCCGGGCAAAACCACAACACUAUAAUUUGUAUGACAUUCCUUGCUUUCAUCGAGAAAUGCAGAGAAGCCGGAAGAAAUAUGCAAAUUACACAUAAAUUCAUGACCGUGGGACAUAGCCACAUGGAGGUGGACUCGGUACAUGCGGCUAUUGAAAAGGCCAAAAAACGAUGUACAGUGAAUAUCGAAACACCAAGGGAUUGGGCCGUCUUUAUCGGUGCAAUCCAUCGCAAAAUUCCGUUUUCCGUUCAUGAAAUGGAUCAGUGUGAAUUCUUAGCUCUAAAAAAUCUAAACAACUACUUCUCUCGUCCCAAGAAGAACAACACAGGAGAACUUAUCAAGUUCAAGGAAAUAUCUGCGUUCAUGUACAGCACCGAUGAUCCCGGAUCUGUAUUCUACAAAUAUAAUCUAAGCGACGCCGAUUUUAAAAGUUUUAAAAUGACAAAUAAUGUCAAUGUUCCAGUGGUGCUACCAGAACCUAUCGCAGAUGAGCCAAUUUCAUUGCCCGAUGAAAAACUGAGAGAUUUGCGAGAUUUGAUAGAAUUCGUAUCUAACAAGGCAUAUUACGCAACCCUUUUGAAGGAAAUAGUUCCUAAAAAGCGAGGUCGCCCAAUGAAAAUCUUUAAAGAUGACCAUUUUGAAAACGAUUUAGAUCCAUGUUUGGAUUUAGAACCCGAGAACGAUUUUUAA